UCCCACAACUGAGCCACAACCACGUGGAAACCGGAGGUGCGGUCGGGUGCUUUCUUUUUUUUUUUUUUAACACAUUUAUUUUGGCUGAGCUGCACAAACAUCGUUAAAGCGCCGAAGCGAGACAAACGAUAAAUCAACACCUGCACAGGUUAACGUGACUGUAGCGGCGGAACUUGUGGCAGGCGUGGAGCUCCUGCGUCAGACUUUACGCACUAUGCGCCCUGGAAGCUCCGUGUUUUCGCGUCUCUUUGCGCGCAGAGAUGUUGCAUACGGAGCCAGUGCCUGAAUGAAGAUAGCGUUUACUCACGUUGGAUUAACACUUUCACGCUGUUAAAAUCCGCUGUGUCAUCUGAUUAAGAUUUAAGAAAAGCACAAGCUUCUUCCCCUGCCAUCUUGCUGGUUUCCACUGAUCAGGCUCUCCUCUCAUUCCUUUGAUCACCUUCUCCUCUGAGGGAGCUCCUGUCUCGCCACCAUGCCAAAGAACACCAAGGUGACCCAGCGAGAGCACAGCAAUGAGCCAGUGACCGAGUCGGUGGCCGACCUGCUGUCCCUGGAGCACCCCAUGGACUAUAAGAGCAGCCAGAUGAGCAUGGGUCUGAGUCCAGGCUCCACGGCUCCAGGAAAGGCCCUGCUGCCUUCCCCUGACCCGGACGCCGAGGACGGCCGGCCGGCGUGGAACAACAAGCUGGAGUACAUCCUGGCCCAGGUGGGCUUCUCCGUCGGUCUGGGAAACGUCUGGAGGUUUCCUUACCUGUGCCAGAAAAAUGGAGGAGGUGCCUACCUGGUGCCUUACUUCAUCCUCCUCCUCCUCAUCGGCAUCCCCCUGUUCUUCCUGGAGCUGGCUGUGGGUCAGAGGAUCAGACGUGGCAGCAUCGGGGUGUGGAACUACGUCUACCCUCGGCUGGGGGGCAUCGGGGUUUCCAGCCUCAUGGUUUGCGGUUUCGUGGGCCUCUACUAUAAUGUGAUUAUCGGCUGGAGCAUCUUCUAUUUCUUCCAGUCUUUUCAGUAUCCACUGCCUUGGGCUGAGUGCCCCAUCGAGAGAAAUGGAACCCAAGCCAUCGUGGUGCCAGAGUGUGAGAAGAGUUCAGCCACCACUUAUUUCUGGUACCGUCAGACUCUGAACAUCACCAGCACCAUCGACGACACCGGCGGUCUGAACUGGAAGAUGACUCUGUCCCUGCUGGUUGCUUGGAUCAUGGUCUGCCUGGCCGUCAUCAAGGGCAUCCAGUCCUCUGGGAAGGUGAUGUACUUCAGCUCCCUGUUCCCGUAUGUGGUGCUUCUCUGCUUCCUGGUCCGAGGUUUGCUGCUGAAGGGAGCCGUGGACGGCAUCGCUCACAUGUUCACCCCCAAGCUGGAGAAGAUGUUGGAGCCGCAGGUGUGGAGAGAAGCAGCCACGCAGGUUUUUUUUGCUCUGGGUCUCGGUUUCGGAGGCGUCAUCGCUUUCUCCAGCUACAACAAGAGAGACAAUAACUGCCACUUCGAUGCAGCGCUGGUGUCCAUCAUCAACUUUGUGACGUCCAUCUUAGCCACGUUAGUGGUGUUUGCCGUCCUAGGGUUCAAAGCGAACGUCAUGAACGAGAAGUGUGUCGUUGAAAAUGCAGAGAAGAUCCUGGGUUACCUGAACACAGGUGUGCUGAGCAGAGAGCUCAUCCCUCCUCACAUCAACUUCUCCCACCUGUCGGCUCAGGAUUAUGCAGAAAUGUAUGGAGUCAUUAAAACGGUGAAGGAGGACAACUUUGGCCAGCUGGGCCUCGAUGCUUGUGUCCUGGAGGAUGAACUCAACAAGGCAGUUCAGGGCACUGGCCUGGCCUUCAUCGCCUUCACUGAGGCCAUGACCCACUUCCCUGCCAGUCCCUUCUGGUCCGUCAUGUUCUUCUUCAUGCUGAUCAACUUGGGCCUUGGUAGCAUGAUCGGCACAAUGACCGGCAUCACCACCCCCAUACUGGACGCAUUCAAGAUCCGUAAAGAGAUCCUGUGUGUGGUUUGCUGCAUCAUCGCCUUCCUGUUAGGCUUACUGUUUGUGCAGCGUUCAGGGAACUACUUUGUCACCAUGUUUGACGACUACUCUGCUGGUUUGCCUCUCACUGUGGUGGUGAUCCUGGAGAAUGUCUCUGUAGCCUGGAUUUACGGCACUAAGAGGUUCAUGCAGGACCUGGAGGACAUGCUUGGUUUCAGGCCAUAUUCCUUCUAUUACUACAUGUGGAGAUACGUGUCACCUGCUGUUUUGGUGGUGCUGAUCGUGGCAACCGUGAUCGAGAUGGCCGUCAGUCCUGCAGGAUACAACGCCUGGGUGGAGUCUGAGGGUUCAGAGCGUUUCCACAGUUACCCUCCCUGGGCUUUAGCUAUGGCCUACGCCCUCAUCGUGGUCGCCAUGCUGCCUCUGCCCCUCGUCUUCAUCGUCCGCCACUUCAACCUGAUCUCCGACGGCUCCAACAAGCUCUCCGUCUCCUACCGCAAGGGCAUGAUGAAGGACAUGUCCAACCUGGAGGAGCAGGACGAGCAGCGCUUCAUCCUCAGCAAGAACCCCAGCGAGGCUCCGUCCCCCAUGCCGGCCCACCGCGCCUACCUGGGCCCCGGCGGCACCCAGGAGAUGACCAACACCAACUACGGCACCAGCACCAAGACAGGCUACCAGAACAUCGGCUCGCCCGAGUCUGAGCUAUGAUCCACUGAGCUCAUCGAUCUUCCCGUCCAGUAAGCCCUGCUUGAAGAGAGGAAGAGGGAGAGAGAGAAUUCACUUGCAGCAUUCAUCACACCUUAACCCCCAGAGCUAAAUCCCUCAAUUCCCCUCUUUCCCGCUCCAUCGCCCCUCACCUGUGGUUGUUCCCUUCUCGCCUGUCGUAGGAACCGUGCUGCUAAUGGCCUGUCAGUCCCAGCUGGGAUGAAGGGAUCAUGGGAAUGUGAGUCCCAACUAACACCACAACCUGUUUUUUCCAUCUGUGGAGGCAUUAGAGGGAGGGACAGACGGGAACAAAGAAGCGAAGGAAGUGUAGAGAGGUCUUCUGUGGGCUUAGAAAUGGGUUUUGUUUGGUAAUAAGCUCUGGUUGAGGUUGACGUGGCUGCAAUGCUGAAACGCUUUACAUUGUACCAGUUUGUGCUUCUUCCGAUUCAGUUGGAGAGGAUUGUUAUUGGUGGGUGACGGGAUGGAAGGAGACUCACUCAUUACCCUGAUCUACAUCACGGUAUGAGAACAUUUCUCACCUAGAAAACAAAAUAAUUACAAAUACAACCAUAAAAUGUCAUAAGUGAUAGUAUAAACAGUGUUACAAGCACAUUCUCUGAGUUUAUUGUGCCUAUCAUGCAUCAGCAAUAAUAACCAAUCACAGUAGGAUCCUCAUGAAGCUGUGGAUCUCCUUCUAUCUCUAUGCUCCCACUGAUGUAGAAUACUGUACAUAUGUGUUGUGCAAUUGAUGUCACCGUAAAAAUCGCGCAUAUACACUGCAAUACUGCAAAACAGCAGGAGGCAGCUUCUUGCCUCUUUCAUUCCACAGAAGCACAGACGCCUGCUAUCGUUGAGAGCAUCUCUGAGCCUUAACACAGAGCAGCACUUUUUCUUUUAAACAGCCCUUCAGUUGUUGCCAGCAGCACUGCACACAUCCCUGUUCCAGUCGCGGCUGGCUUAGACAAAGCUUUUCCAUUUUAAUCAAUCAUUUUAAUCAGCCGUUUCCAUUUUAAUGAACGCUUUAGAAGGGCAGCAGGAACAAGCAGAGCGGCUCGUGCUUGGAAGUUUUCCGCGUGCAGAUGUGCAAAUGUGUCAACGUGUUGUCCGCCGCCGAAACCAGAGCUCCCGGUGACCCUGCCGGUUUAAAAAUAGAGCUGCGUUACCCAGGGGAAGCCGUGGCAACGCAGCAGAGAUACAAAUCCUCUUCUGAUGUGAAGGAGAGAGGAGAGAGCGACACCUCGCUUUGUCUGCUCCACCUGCACAGCUGUUUGUUCAGCCAGACGGAGACAUUUUAGGCCCUACAUGGAUGUCUCUCUCUGACUGAAUGAGAGGUUCACUGCCCUACUGUGCUGAGGAUUGAUCAUACCUCAUCCCUGAGAGGAUGACAUUUAGGUUUUACUGUUGUGCAUUCCUCCAAUUGUGACCACUAUGUAGAAUUCCAUGAGCACUACAAGCUACACUUUGAUGUCUUUUUUGUGAACUGAGGUGUGAAAACAGAAGCCUUUUUGUUUUUAUUUUUUUAAAUGUAUAAUCUCGUAUGACAGUGUAUGUUUUGGGGUAUCGUGUGGAAACGUACCGUGAUCUAAAUGUGUGGAAUAAGUGGUAAUAUUUGGUUUUCACCACUGGGGGUCUCUGCUGGCCAGCGGAGGAACCCCUCCCUGAGACGAGACCAAUACUUGAGACUGAACAGAUGUGGUGAGAAGCACAGUCAGUCACAUUGUUUGGUGCCUGAACAGCAUCUGUGUUGUCGGUUUGCCUUAUGCGUUUGUCAUAUUUUUAUGUUGUUGUCGUCGUUGUUGAUUAUUUAGUGAGCUUAUUAUGUAGAGUGUGGACCAAUGUUUCAUCUCGUCCACUUGAGCACUUUAAUUAGGUAGAGACCCUGGAGUAGUUUGUUAAGAAUAAGCUUGAAAAAAUUACAUAUAUUAAGAACAAGGGGCAGCUAGGUAUCUAUAUGAUAGAAAUGAAUGAGUGACCAUGGAAGGCACAAGACUCAAAUGUAUCACAAGCCAGGAUUCAAGGUUCUUAUUUAUGUUCUUACAGAAGGUUUAUGAUCACAUGAAUGAUAACAAUGUUAGCGUUUUAAAAGGUCAUCGUCUGGCAUCAUAUGAUGUUAAAUUCUGCCCCAAUGCAUUACUGACUCUGAACCUACCGCUUCCUCUGGUGGGUUUUACUAAUUCAUGUCCUGUUUUCCGUAAUGUAAGUGCAGAGCCAUCCCUAUGUUGUGGUCAUGUAGCCUCAAAGACGCUUCAACUCAGGUUUCAGGCUACAAUAAGUCAUCACAUCACUACAGUGACUGUGCUAAAUUGCUUAGUACAGUAUAUUGUGAUGGUAAAUUGGUACAGUUUCCACAGAUCUACCACAAAUUCCCUAAAAUCAUUUAUUUUCUCCUUGACAUUUAUAGAUUUGUUUGUUGUUUAACUAGUUUAUAGUAAGGAACGACCAAUAUGGGGUUUGUAGAUACCGAUUAUUGGUUAUCAAAAAGGCCGAUAACUGAUAUUUGGAACCAAUUUGUGUUAAAUGUAAUGUCUGAACAGCAUGUGACUGCAGAGAACCUGUCAUUCAUAACUAGGCUUUUUCAUUAAUAAGGCUGAGUAGAACUAGGAGUGAUUAAAUGAACUCCCCUAUUUAUAGGGACAUCAACGAUCAACUGGGAAUGAUCAGUUCGUCUCCUGCAGUUACGUCUGCUUAUAAUCUCUGUUUUCUUAAUCUUUCACUGUUCUGUCACUUUAGUCAGCCACUAAGGUCCAUAUCUCAUAGCAUUAUUAAUUAUUGUUUGCCAGACUCUGUUUCAUGUUAAUCUGUGGCUGCCUUCUAACUUAGCUGCUAGCCGUUAGCGUAACCUUAGCCACUGAGAGAAAAGCUAAUUUCCCGGUUUGUGGAAAAAAACAGUGUUUCAUGUUCAGUCUCUGCUUGAGUGACGACAGACAUAGAGAAGAGGCUGCAUCAGACCUGAAGUAGCACAUUUAAUUUAUCAGUAAUCGGUGAAGAAAAAUACCGACAAUCAGAAAAAUGCCAGGCCGAUAAUUCAUCUAAGUGAUAAUAGUUUGCAUUACAGACUGCAUUUAAGUGCAUUUGAAGUGCAUUCAAAUGAGCAUGUAAAUGCUGUGAACGUCUUCAGAUGUGAGAUUGUAACAGACAAAUCUUCUGCAGCUCGUGAUACAAAAUGACCUGAUAUGAAAGCACUCACCUGCUUAAAAACUUAGAGUUAAAGCACAUUUUGGAAAAGCACAGGGCCAUGAGCACAAAGGAGUUUUUACUUCUUAUUACAAGCAAUGAAUUUCACCAGGCAAAGUGCUAAAAGUCGGUCUGGACAAGUCUUAUAGAUCAUAGUGGUUACGCUCUGACUUCUGCAUUCUAUAAGAAGUCACCGACUGUUUGACUGUAACAAUGAGACUGAAACGCACUGCCGUCUUCAUAAAUCUGCACCACAGAAAGCACCUGUAGCUGCACACAGAUCUGCACAAUACACCUGUUUAGAUGAUGCAUUGGGUCUAGUACAAAUAGAGCACAAUCACAGCACGAGUUCAUUGAGAUGUAAUAGCACACAUUGAAACUCUCUUCUGCUAUUGGUCCAAACUUUGCCAAUGAAGAGGUAUUUGAUUUAUUCUGGAAAACAAAGCUCCAGGGUCUCUCUGUCUUGUCCAUGUGUCAGCCGUGUUGAGCGCAACCUCUAAAGGUUAAAUCAAUUUAAAUUACCGAGAUUAACUUGACAAAAGUGGAGUAAAAGUGAAUUUAUUUAACUGUGCAAAAUAGUCUUUAUGUGACUAACCAUAGUUCUAUUUAUAGUAUUUAAGACCAUGUAUUUAACCUGUACAUAUCGAUGUACAUUCUGAUAAAUUCACACCGAGUAUCUAUAGUAAGAGUGACAGAGUGUAUACUUAAGCUGUAAAUAAUAAUUGUAUAUUUUGAGAUAUUUUUUGAUUUUUGUACCGUCAGUAACGUUACUUUGGCGUCUGUUGGUGUUUGUGUGUGUGAUUGUUCUCACUAAAAAUAGCUGCGUGCCUGUGAGUGUUUGCGUGUGUGUGUGUAUAAAAGUGUGUGUGUGCGUGUGUGAAGUAAAAGUAUAUGUAGGUUUUUUGGUGUUUAAAUGUGUGUUUCUUUUUCCUCUCUCAGUGUUGUGUGCUGCUGAUCUAAUCCAAUAGAUAAAAUCCUGUUGUUACAGUGGACUGGGGCCACUAAUGUGAGCGGUCUCUUCCCUUUUGUGUUUCUCACUGGAACUGCGCUGGUUUCUUCCAGUACAAAACACAAUCAAGAAGAAAAUGUUUGACUGUAACAAUGAGACAGAAACUUAGAUUUUUUUUGUUUCAAUGAAGAGAGCUAUAAACUGUACAAACAUGAUGGAACAGGAAAUUAAAAUUAAACCACUUUUAUGAAACGGA